AUGAAGCUCACGUCAGCCGCCGUCGGACUUGUUAUUGCAACAUCUUUCGGCGUGGCCUUCGCUGAAAAUGUCCCUAACGGCGCCCACGAUCCUCGCACUCCACAGCCACGUCCCAACGUUUGCGACGACAAGUGCGACGUCGAGUUCAUGCGCCAGUACGACAAGUGCAAGGACAGCGACCCGGAUUGCGUGGCGAAGUCUCGUCUCUUGACGUGCCAGGGCGAUUUCGCGUGCUCAGUGAACUGCGGAUAUACUGCUGACGGCUGCGUGGUUCUUCCGAGCUCGACGUUGCUAGCUACAAGUCAAACCGCUUCGCUUUCGAACGGGUGCAGCGGUGCAGCAGUUAGCACGAAGACUAAGGUCGUGACGAUCUCUCGCCCACAGCUUGCCACGUCCGCCAUUCUUUCGUCUUCUCUACUCGCAGAUGAUACAAAUCGUGUGGUUGAAAGCGACGACGAUCUUGACGGGUUUGGUGCUAAAGUCUACACUACCCAAGAUGACGCCUUUUCACAGAGCUUUACCAGGCCUUCUAGCUCUCUUACUGCAACUCAGUCGCCCAACCUAACCAUGGCCGAUUCCAGUAGUGGCCGCGCAACCGCGAGUCCAUCUCUCUAUACCAAUUCAUCCCUGAAUCGACCGUCGUCUCCAUUGGGCAUCGCAACUCAUGCCAAUGCUUUGAACAAGGAUACCACUAGUAUAUGGUCAUCUGAGAUUAACACCGCCUCGUCCGCAAAUAUGGAUUCAGCAACGACUCGUCAUCCGAGCUUUGCCUGCGGAAACAUAACGACGAGCAGCAACUUGGGCGCACCAACAAGAACGCAGUCAAAUUCCGGCACUUCGACAUCAACUUCCAGUGCUAUUGCCGCUAUGAAGACUCCAGGUAUCAAUGUUCUUGGCUGUAUUGCCGCAGCGCUCCUGCUCUAA